AUGCCGCCGCCGCCAGUACCCCCGACGAGGCAGCCGACGCGUCCAAAGCGCCUGGGGAGGGUGAGAACCCGAAUAUUCUCCCGCACCGGCCGCGACAUCCUGGACGUGGUGCUGGCCGCAGCAUCCGCGUCCACAGCCUUAACCCCCUCCCCCCCCGUGGGGGUAGGCGAAGAAUUCUUCCCUGGCGUCAUACCGGGACCGUCGACGGCGCCGCAGCAGACACAGCCCAAGCGCCCGGCGUUGAACCCACUGCCCCGAGAGCCGCGGCGCAGAUCACCAAUCACGCCACCAUCGAGCGCCGGGCUGUCGGUAUCGGCGUUCGAAAGCGUGCCCUCCGCGCCACCUAAGCCCCCAACCAAGGGAAGCAAAGCCGCGUCCACGAGCGUGCCAGUAUCGUCCGCCGCAGCACGCCCGCAACCACCUACUGCGCGCCAGUCACGAGCUGAGCCCGCCGCGACCACCUCCGCCUCCGCCACCAGCAGAGGCGCUGCCAUCGUUGCUGCCGCUGAGCGCCCCGCAAAAAGCGGCCCCCCUCCGCGGCCGGCGACCCGCACCACCACCGCGAGCGCCCGCAUCAACCCCGCCCCACCGCGUGCCACUGCGGCGGGGAUGCCUGCACGCCCGCGGCCCACAGUCUCCACCCGUGCAGCCACGGCAGCUACGCGCACCACCGCCACUGCCGCCGUCAACAACACGGCAGAACAGCGCCAACCGCGCUCGCAAGCGUCGCCGCCCCUGACGCGAACGAGGGCGACGGAGGCACGCUCACCGCCGCCACUGUUCGCAGCAGUUGCCGCUCGCAGCCCCACACCGCCAUCGGCCAGCGCGGCGCCAUCGAUGCCAGGCCUCGGUUCACCGAUGGACACAGCUCCGACACCGAGGACCCCGACGCCAGAGCCCCCGACGCCGGAGACUACACCUCCCAAUAGGUCUUCGGCGCCGACAGCCCCGCCGGCCGAGAAGAGGCCCCGCUACCCGCCCCUAAUCGUGGAGCACCGGAACCGGAAAGCCGGAACAAGAAAGCCGGCACUAUAG